AUGCCUCCUUCCCCGGCGGCAUUGAGAUGCUCUCCUGGCAGGGAACUUCCAGGGACGAAACAUAGACGAGGACACAACAUUGAAUAUGGGAUACUGUUCAGAGAUAAAGACGAAGAUCUUGCCUUGUUUAAUGAGGUGCAAGACAAAGAAAGAGAUGGUUUCUUGCUUCAGUCAUCAGAUGAUCUUGAAGAUGCGUUUUCUACAAAAUUGAAGCACUUUUCGGAGUUCACCAAUCCUGUUCAAGGAGAGAGUAGCAGAUUACUGUUGCUGAUGCCUCCCAAAACACCACUGUUUCCUUCAUUGAAUGACGAACCACGAGCAGCUAAUGUUGAGAGAAGAGGGAGACCGCAAAGUCAGAUUUCGUUAUCUAGAUCUUCCACGAUGGAGAAGAGACGCCGUAGUAGUAAGGGCAGUGCAAGCCCAAAUCGCUUAAGCACAUCACCUCGAGCUGACAAUAUGCAGCAAAUAAGGGGAAGGCCAUCUUCAGCACGCCAUCCUAGUCCCGCGUCUGGUCAACGAUCAGUUACCCCAGUUAGGAGGAUUUCUCCUACUCCAGGGAAACCGUCAGGACCUGUAUCAAUAUCUUCGACCCCAACUUCACGAAGGAUGAGCACUGGGUCAACUACCAUGGCAUCGCCAGCUCUCAGGGGUACUUCUCCUGCCAGAUCUAGUCGAGGCAACUCUGCUUCAUCCAAAAUAAAAGUGUGGCAGUCCAACAUUCCUGGUUUCUCCUUGGAUGCACCACCAAAUCUCCGAACGUCUUUGGGUGAUCGACCCGCAUCUUAUGUAAGAGGCUCCUCCCCAGCAUCCAGAAUGGCAGGGAUGCAGCCUCAACACGCAGCAGACAAUCUGUUUCUCCUAGUGCUUCCAGAAGUGUCAGUUCAUCUCACAGUCAUGAGCGUGACCGGUGGCUCAGAACGUGCAGUCCCAAAAAGAGCUAGCCUUUCUCCAAAUAGUAGAACUUCGAGAAAUUCAAAAUUACUGUCACCUGGUUCUGCGCCUAGAAGGCCGUUUGAGUCUGCUCUUCGUCAAAUGGAUCAUCCUAAAAGCCAGCAUAGCAUGUUUAGGCCUCUUGCUUCUAGCCUUCCUAGCACAGGAAUCUAUUCUGGGAAAGGUAGUUCUUCUUACCAUCACCUUAUGGUAAGACAUUCUUCUGCAACAGUGGAGAGCAAUUCAAUUUCUGGCCAAGGUGUAGGGUUCAUGCCAGAUGCUAAAGGGAGUGAUCCUAUCCCUAUUUUCCAAUCUGAUGUUGGAAAAUUGGAUUAUCCUGAUAAACAUGAAGAAAUUACUGCGUCUGGUAUAGUAGAUUUAUUGAAUGAAGGUAGCAGACAUGAGAUUUCUUUCAGUGAUCAGCUUGGUGAUAUGGAUCAAGGUUAUGCCGUUGAAUGCGAGUCUAGUGUGAAUGAGGAGGUCAACCACCAUGUUUCGGACGUUGAAAACAGUUCGACUCAUGGUAGUCUUCAUGUAGGCAAUGAUUUUUUGGAAGGGGUUGCUCUUGAAUCUAUGGAGGUGUGUGGUAGAUGUGGUUCCCACUAUCGCACCAUUGAAGCAACUAGAAGCGAGAUAAAUAUUUGUCCAGAUUGCAGGGAGGAACAAAUUUUCGUGGAAGCAGAUUCCUCUGAAACAACGACGGCUCUUCAUGAAAAUUUCCCAAAGGAGUCUCAGGAACAUCUUACUGAAAAGACGUCAUUUGUUGAGAAAAUUCCUGCAAUAAGUGUACUAGAAUCGCUGCCCCUUGUUAUGGAGGCAGAGAUCGUGGAGACACGAGAAAACAUGGAGCACUUCGAUAAUUCCUACAAGCAAGAACAAAAUCGUUUGCGCAAGAGCUCCAUUUCUGGGUCUUUGGAAGAUCAAGAUAUGGAAACACUCAGUCACCAGGAUGAAAUUCAGUCUUCCACUGACUCUGGUCUAUUGAGUACAUGCACGAAAGGUACUGAAACUCAGCUUUCUGAUGGGCAUAAUGAUUUGAAGAUUGGUUCUUCAGUUGGUAGGGAGGUUCCUUUGCUUAUAAAGAGAUCGAAAGGGAAGCCAUGUACGACAUCUGGGAGUACGCUUGACAUGGAAACUCAUAGGUAUGAUACCAACUCCAAGUCCCUGAGCAGCAUGUCAUCUCCAUCUGGCGUCUCAAGCCAGGACUGCCAGGCUCUAAAUGUCAUGACAGAGGAUAGUUUUCAAGUGUGUGCCGCCCAAAUGACAUGCGCCCACGAUGAAACUCAUCAAGAAUCGCACCCUGAACUCCAAGAUCCGGAGUGUAGAGAAACCAAUGUGUUGAAUGCUGAUUUCGGUGAAAGCGGUGAAUCAAUUGAAAAGGAUGGAAAUGAAACUCCUCGCCAUGGUUCAUCCACCACGGCAGCCUCAGAAAUAGAACCCGAGAAUUGUGAACCCGAAACACCUGGUUUAGUAGGGGGUCAUGAUGAAAUUCCAGAGUCAGAGUGCAACCUAAAUGCAGUGGAUGACUGCUCAGAGAAGAAUAUGGCAGAUGGUUCUGUGGAUCACCACAACUCCUCGGUUCCUGUAAACGAAAUCUUAGAUGAGUCAACCGUCAUUGUGGAGUGUCCAGGUCGAAAAGAGCCGAAGAGCCUCACGCUUGAAGAAGCCACUGAUACAAUACUGUUCUGCUGCUCCAUUGUUCAUGAUUUAGUUUACCAGGCUGCAACAGUAGCAAUGGAUAAAGCAAAGGAUGUGCCAGCGGAAGAAGAAGCAUUGCGUUUGCAUCUUGCAGUGACAGUACUUGGAAAGUUGAAUGCGAACAGAACUAGUUACAAAACAAAGGCAAAGAAACAGAGCUCCAAAUCCGCAAAAGCGAGUCAGAAGCAAACGGAAACAAAAGAGAAAACAGAUGUGCAAAUAGAGAAUGAUGAAAAUGCAGGUGAAGCAAUGAUGAUACAUUGA